UCGUCUAACCGACUCGGGUGAAAAAUAGCCGUUGGCGCGGAGUGCAUUCAAAAUGGCCUCGGCACGAUGUUGGCUGGAGAUUUCCGCUGGUGAAGAUGCAGGUGAAGUGAGGUGACGCCUUCAGCGGACCCGUCUAUUUCUGAAGCGGCGCACCCCGGACUCCCAGCCGAGUUUCAACACUGAUCUCAACGGCGGCAAAAAGAGUCCGAAGAAAUGGACGGGCUGGGGGGCUCGUCCCAGCGGUACCGGGCCCAGGACCGGGAAAUAGAGCAGCGGUAUGCCAACCUGCUUACGCCCAUUCGAGACUUGACAAAGAACUUCGAGGUCGACAUCGCUGCAUACCUGGACCAGUAUCUGGGGGAGCUGUCACAAACUCCGAUCACCUACCAGGAAGGCGAAUCCAGCGUCAAUUUCACCCAAGCAGCCUUUCUGAUUCAGGGAAGUGCCUUCGUCUAUGGCAAAAAGGUGGAAUAUCUCCACUCCCUUGUACAAAAGAUGGCAGCCGAAAUAGUUCACAACAGCCUGAAAGGUGGGGACACGCAGGACAAUCCCAAAGACGGUACUUCAGCAACGCGGCGGAAAAAAGAUGACUUGCAGUUUAUGAUGCACGAGGAGAUGGAUGUGGCGGACAGCUUAGAUGACCUGCCGACCCCGCGGCAAACGGCGCGCAACCAGGCUGCUGCGCAGCGUAACCACUUCCUGAGGCAACGCCGGAAACCUCUGGCCAUGAUUGUCUUCGACACUGAAAAAGAGUCGAAGCUCUACGAUCUCAAGGAUGACCUGGUUGGUUUCCGUGUCGACUACCAGAUGUACAGUGGUGUGGUUCAAAUGGCCGAGAGCCAGGAGCAGCAGGAGUGUGCUCGGGAAGGGGACGCCGCUACUUCCCUGUCCAUGUCGCCCGCGCACUCCUCUUUGGACAUGGCCGACGACUCUGGACCAGCAUCACCGUUAUUGAUGCCCGAGGAGCCUGAAAUGGCCCCCUACUGUGAGGACGUAGGAGCCUUCGAGGAGUGUCCAGCCAAGCCAGACGUGGAGGAAGCCCCCACGGUUCCCGUGCCUCCGGUCCAGAAUUCUAGCCUUGCCAAGCGCAUCAAGGAAGAGCGCAUCAAGAACGAGCAGCAGCAGCCCUAUCCACCAAUACAGCCCUUCAUUGUGGUCAAGAGGCUGCACGAUCCCUUGGAGGAAGGGGAUGGCAAGGAUAAGCCACUGGUGGUUCGCAGAAAGACGCGCAAGCGGGCCUUCGAUGAGUGCAGCUCCACAGACGGUGAGAGUGUUUCAACUGUCAUCGUGCCUGUUGCUGCCAUCUGGGUCAAGCAAAGCCACUAUCCACACUUGCUGAGCAAAGAGCUGCAGCUGCAGAAAAAAGGACAAGUCCUUCCUGGAGGAGAGCGCUUUCUGCUGGAAACACUGGCUGCCAUGAAGAAGAUAGACAAAGGAGGGCAGGACCAGAAUAAGGAUGGCUUCGAGGAUAGUACCGAGGACGUGGACGACGUUGAUGAUGAUCUCGACAUGCCUUCUGACGACCUUCCAGGCACAGAAGAGGAAGACAAGGGCAUUGACCUCGCUUGCUGCGCCGAUACCCGCAUGCCUGAAGAAGCUGAGCAACGCCCAUCUUCAACAGAGGAUUCCUUAGAGAAGGACUCUUACCAGAGGCUGGUCCACAGCUACCUCGAAGAAUUUCAUGAACCUCUGUCGGAGUGUCAGCUGUCAGACCUGCAGAAGAGAGUAGCCGAUUGGGAAAGCAGAAUCAGGCCUUUGCUUGAUAUUGAAGAGGAGCGGGAGAGCUUCAAUAUCCGCACCUACUGCAGCCGGGUGCUGGACCACUUCUCUGAUGCACCGUCCAAGCAAACCCUCUACUUCCGCCAGAUCUGCAGGGGCCGAGAGGUGUGGGAGGUGCCUCGGUUUUUUGCUUCCACGCUACAACUGGCCAACAACUACAAUGUGGAGCUUGGCACACAUGGCGUGAUGGAGGAAGGCAUGGACACGCUGCACCUCACGUUGCUGUCGCGGAAGCAGCACUUCCACGAGCUCGAAGAGUUCGGCGACAACCAAGUCAGCUAUACGAACUCUUCUGAGCCAGCAAGGAAAGGAAAGCAGCGCAAGCGGCCAGCCGCCGUCUUGCAACCUGAGGACCCCAGUGAUGUGUUGCGCGAGAAUCCCGUGGUUCCCGAUCCAGACUUUUGUUCGGAUCCGCGGCUUCCCCCGAACAGGCGGACAAAUGCACGCGCAAAGGCGCGAAUGCAAGCCGUAGCUGCGAUGUCAUCACUCAUGGACGACUCUUCUGAAAGUGAAAACGAAGAGAACAUGGCGGCUGCCCUUUGUGUAACCUAACAGACUCCUUCCUCGGUGACGGUCUCUGUGUACGUGUGGUUGUAUGUGUGCGUGUUUGUGUGCAUGUGUACGCCAUUUGCCAUAGUCUUCUCGCCUUGCCACUCUUCUGCUGCGGGGAACGAACGCCACAAAGAAGAGAAGAAAACAUGGCAGCGCUGCAAGUUUCCCCGUUCUCCUCGGAAAUGCUGUUGAACAACAUCAAAGACUGCACUGAAAGAAAGGAUGCUGAGAGUUCCAGUACUUUCAUUUCACUUCGGUCUUUCCAGUUUCUUUUAUUUAUUUAACCGAUGACUGGUCUUUCUUAGUCCUUCCAUUCUAAAUUUACAGAUUUCAUUUACUUUACAUUGACAUUGUACUGCCGCAUGAAAUGUUGGCAUUGGACCACAGCAAAGUUUGUGCUGUGUCGAGCUCAGGUAGGAAAGCUGCAUCGCAUACCAGACCCAUAAACCUUCACUUGUGCAUGCCUGUUUAAGGCAUGCUCGCAGCGUGAACUGGUGACCAUAGAUAAUCUGGACAACUAUGAUCUUCUUUCGGGGAGCCGUCCUGCUUUUUCCACAAGCUAGGUUCGGUCAUGGAGGCAUAAGUUGAAAGGCUUAUCUGUCGCACCAGGCGAGUACACGUUACGUUCUCUCUCCAGGGCACGGUGCAUUCCAUCCUCUGUUCCCAUUCUUGCUUUGUGGGCUUUGUUAAAUGUGCAUUUAAGGUAGGUAGUGCUACACAUUUUAGCUCUGUUUAUCAUUUAGUUUCUGAUACCAAUUCUUUUAAUUCAGUUUGACAUUGUGUACAUAAACAAGUAUUUUAACUGUACCGCCAAACCGGCUUUGAGGUCAGUGUAAUGUUUUAACUCUACGAUACUAAUGUAAAAUCUGGUUGCACUUUUAUUUGUCCUGUUUCUUUUACUUUGCGACACUUUGAGCCUGCUGUUAAGGUCAGCAUUUCAAAAUAAAGUAAAGCAAGCAGCUGUGCUAAAAACGAGGCUAAGUGAGGCUUCACUGAAAUUAUAGUUUCUUUUAUUUAUGGCAGUGGCUUUAUGCUCCUGUAAUUGAGGUCGCGGGUUCGAUUCCUGGCACUUGCAGUGAAUUUUCAGGAGUCGGAAUGCGAAACUCCUUUGUUUCUGGUGCGAUUUCAAGAAACUAGCCCUAGUUAAAGUUAACUGUAAACCCUGCCUGUCUUGUCUGCGUUUCACUUGGCGACACUGGUAAAAAAAUGUUUUCAAAGAGGCUAAUAUACUUAAUUGUGAAUUUCUCUUUAAAGUCGCUGAUUCUCUCAAAGGUAGCUCGCCUUAGGCUUCAGUAUAAGCCAACUUUGCAAACUGGCUGGGGCAUCACAGUUAUUUACGACUCAGUGAAGGAGUCUGUGCAACUCCCUAUCGACUGGUCUGCCACGGUCUGUUUUUUAAAUGGCCACUACCUGAAAGCAGGAGUACUUGGAAAACGACCAAUCAUUGGUGCAACUACACAAGGGGAAAAAAACUGCUUUUAUGCAAAAUAAAAGCGCAUGCUCAAAUUUUAUCUUUCCUACGUGGCGUUUAGCAAAAGUGAGGCUGGGAUCACUCAACAGUUCCCCUCAGUUCUAUUCCGCUCUUUUCCCUGCCGUUCGAGUCACCUGCUUCAGCAACGAAGUGCGAAAACGGAUUGGAAAAUUUGUGAUAUCCGAACACGAGUUGGCUUUACUACAAUUGGAGCUAUGAGCAUUGCAUUGUCAUUUCUGGUAAGGUCAGACUGACUCAUGCGAGCUGUCGCGAGGCUGCAUUGUGGAGCCAGAGACAUAUGCUAUCUUUUUUCUCUCUGUUUUUAUUGCCAGUCAUCACACACACAUCACUGUCUCACUUUUUCAUCUCAUCCAAACUGCUUACAUUUGGACUGAGCGUGCAGCCGUCAUUUCUACAUUUUUUUGUGCUUGGAAGCGCGUUUACCGGGACUGCGUCGCACCUUCGAUUUCAGCUGUUUAUGUUCGCGCGUCUCCCAAGCUCCUUUCAGUGCACGGGAAUUUCACGUGGUGCCCUUCCUGCUUGACUGGUGCACCUUUUAGGGUCGGCGUGCUGCCGAACCUCUUGAGCAUAGCUGCGACAGACUCGUCUGGAAGUCAACUCUUCAUUGGUGUGUGAUUGAGUGCAUGAUCUCCAACUUCUUAUACCCAACAGUGCAGAGAUAGUGAGAAUGCUUGUCGGACUUUAGCAUUCCAAGCACCUCGUGUCUGACAUCAUGGCUGUAUGUUCCAAAGUGUCGUUUUCUGCUCGUCAGAAGAUUUGCAGCUUAAGCGAAUCGACUUCCAUGCACAUUAAGUGUUUGCUCAGAGCAGCAGUGGUGUUGGUCUGACUGACUGAUCUGUUCAAAAUAACCUAACGAGUAUAUGUUCAUCACAAAAAUGGCAUGUAGCAGGGGAAAUCCCGAUUUCCUUGUUUGUCAUUAACUGGGUGCAUGAAGGUGUUAUUGAAGGAAUGGACGGAUGCAGCCAUAGGGGAUAAACUGUCUGUACUUUUGCCGUUUACACAUACUACUGUCAUGUGCGCAAGUGUGCAACAAGCAACUGUCUCGGACAGCAACUGGACUCAAGUGUGAGAAGAGGAAUGCAGUACGACAGCUUUUAGCACCUCUGAAACUUCAAAAUAUUGCGAGGGACAUAUUUCAGUUGUAUAUAUGUCGUGUGCUAUCUUUGAAUGUUCACUUUUCCUGCCACGAAAACUAUUGCGCCGAUGCUUUAGACACCCCCGACAAGUUUUAAAAGCAGUCUGCAUUUUCGAGGAAGAACUUUAGUGAUGGCUAAGCAGAUGCUGAAUAUUAAGGAUGUGAGCUCACACGAAAGGAAGACUGCAGUGCCUUACCGAUUCAGAUGCGACAGGAAAAGGAAAGAAAGAAAAAAAAAUGCCACUGAUCAUCAUUGCAGUCUGGUUCUUUUCUCAAUCAUGCUUCUUUGUAUGGUCCUUAUUGCAGAUCAUUAUUUAGUUAUCGCUGAACAUGUGUAUGUAAUGUGCUUUGCAUAGCAUCAGCAUUGUUAUUGUACAUCUUAUUUUAUUAUAUUUUGUCUCCUUGUUUACAAACAUCAAUAAGGAAGUCUCGUUGCAAUGCUUCGAAAUAAUAAAUCUCCCUAGCGUAGCCCCUUGCUUUAGUUUCCUAGGCCCUUGUUAGCGCAGCUGGGCAGUUUAAAGGGACAACUAAACAGAAACACGGUUUUUUGCGUAUUAGCGAAUUCGUAUUUCAUUUUAGCAUUCUGCAACAAAAGCACAGUUCAUGCUGACACUUUUAAUGGUUUCGCCACUUGCAAUUUUUUUUGCACGUUUCCUUGUUUACCAAAGAAAGAAGGAAAUUGCUCACCUAGUGUAACCAAAGCACAGUUCAUGCUGUCCAAGCAUGAACUGUGCUUUGGUUACACUAGGUGAGCAAUUUCCUUCUUUCUUUGGUAAACAAGGAAACGUGUGCAAAAAAAAUUGCAAAUGGCGAAACCAUUAUAAAGUGUCUGUACUUUGAUGGAUCUACUAGGGCCUAGAUAGUUUUUAAUCGGGAAGUGUGUUGUCUUCCGAUAAGGCCAUAGUUAACCUAGGAAGGUUCAAGAGAUUUUGGUUAGCCAAUGUGACCAAAAUACACAAAAGGCCUAAAAUCUGAUGUUGCGUUGAUGCUCAUGUGCAGAGAUUUCUUUGCAAAAUCGAAAUUUCAUAUUUUUUUAUGCUGUUGACAAAGCUAUGGUGAAGAAAUUUAUGACUGUAGAGAAUAAUUAACAGGUUUAAAUUGUUUCACUUCUGUGUCCCUUUAAUGUGUUCAUUGGCUAAUGCGAUCAGCAUCUGUGUUUUAGCUGGUGUUGAGGCUUAACCAGAUGUAUUGUGCUGCAGCUUGAGGACUGCUGCUCAAGUUAGGUCUGGAAGGCUCAGCGGUGUACAUAUUGUUGCUAACCAGCUUGUUUACCGUUUGAUCUUUUACCAGAGUUGCUUUUCGUUCUCUGUAGGCUGUGCUGUUGUAUAGCUUGCAGGAGGAGAAAUUGUGGUGAAGGCAACUGUACUUCUGGGACACUUAAGUACAUAUAUAUACUUUUCUGUACAGCCAACCACAUUUUUAUUUAUGUAGAGCCAUUGUAAAUAGUGUACAGUAUGACCAAAGCACUCGCAAAAGCACCAUAACAGUAGCUGCCAAAUGACGAGUGUGGCAUGCUUCAUUUUAUUAUUUUUUUGCUCCUGGAACCUUUGUAAUAUAUGUAUGUUCAUAUUUGGGAAAAGCUCACCAU